UGUAGCCCUACCUCUGGCAUAUUUUGUAAUGUACAUGUAUAUGCUAUCCUGGGUUGCUGGGAUUACAGGUACGCGUGCGUACAAAUGCGUAUCUACUACGUCAACCCCUCGGGCAAUAAAGCCCCAAAUAUAAAAGCAAGAAAAAGGAAAAUAACAGGAAAGUAGAACAAAAACAAGAGCAAUGCCCACAAUUGCAACACACAAACAAGAAAUGAAUCCUAGUCAAUAUGACUAACACCAUUUGUGUCCCCGUGUCUUGGUGUUCUCCUAUCUUCCCCGCGGCGUCAGCAAGACCUCGAAGAUAGCAAUUCAUGUCUGGCGUCUUACGACAGAAUAACCCUCGCGGAGAAACGUUCGCUGUCUACCUCCUCCCUUCCUCGGAGCCUCUCGAAUCUCCCCGCGACUCUGUUUCACCGUCUGCUCUUGUAGCGGACAAGAUGUCAAGGACCACAACCAUUCCUGCUACAACAAUCACGGCUACUACAGAUGGGCAGCUGUCUGAGCCUGGAGAUUUCAGUAUCAAUCCCAGUGAAGACGCAUCCACUGAGAAUCCACCAAUGACCAUGAUUGGUGUCGUGGGCCGCAUGGCUCCGACCUAGUUGCGGAGCUGGGUUACAUCUUUCACCCCUCUGCAUGAGGAAGGAUAUGCAACUGAAGCAGUCUCCGCGUUCGUGGAUAGGUUCUAGGGAGAGCAGGUUGAUCCGGAAAACUUUGCUUCUACUAAUGUGUUGGAGAAAUGUGGGUUUGCUCUCGUUGCGGAGGCGAAUGAGGAUGGCGAGAGACUACUAAUUUUUAGGAUUUUUAGGACUAGGAUAUGACUAGGGAGCAUAUAGUUUCGGUGUUGUAUGGCCGUUGUGGAAUCCCUAAUUGAGUAUAUGUUUGAGAAAAACCCAUGCUAUUCUAGUAUAUUACUCUGUUAUAUAAUAUAAUAUUUGCGUAUGAGCUGCCUCAUAGAUAUUUCUUAGGAUUUACAAACCCAUUUUUCUAGAUAGAACAGCAUUUUGCAGGGAAAGGUAAAUGAGAAAAUGACAAGGAAUAGGGUAAGGAAUAGGAAACAUGCGAGGAGAGAAAAAAUACAGUAAGUGAACUUAACUCGUCGGCAACCCCGAGACUUUGAAUAAGGCCCUCCUUUUCCCCGGAUAGCUCUUUUUCCUCAACGUACAAAAUGGACAAUAUUCCAAAAUUUUCGCCAAAUAGAUGUUACCGUUGAGUUUUUAACCUGUAGAUCAACCCCCGGAAGUUGAGGAGGAAAAGGUGGGGAAAAAUCAGCACAUUUGUCUUUGCCUCUUGGGUUGCAAAUCUUCCUCAACAUCUAGUUCACGAACCUGUCGUUUCUUUGCCCCGUUUACGCCAUGGCCGUUGCUUACAGGAACUUCCUUUGGAGGAAUGUGAGUGGCUGGCUUCGGGAUUCCAUCUCUGGCUCCUGGGCUGAACACUUCUCUCUUGGGCAUGUAGUAGCUCUGGCCUAACAUGUGCAACUUUCGUCGAUCGGUCUUGUUUGAUUUCGUGCGCGGUAUUCGAUCGACGAGCAGGAAGAGCGUGGGGAUUUGAAUUUCUGGUAAAGUAGCACCAAUCGCCUUCUUGAUCAAUUCGACUUUCGAAUAUGCGCUGUGGUUUUCGUUAAUUGUUCGGAAGGUAAUUGGUUCGUUGGGCCAAGCCUUGCUGCUCAGGUUCAUUGGAUUGUCUGCAAGGUAAAGAAAGGCGGUAAGAAUGGGACUUUCGACGCCGUCUAUGGCGCCAAGUAAGUCGACAACAAUGGAGUCUUCGGGUGAUAGGCAUUUCCUCGCAGUGUAUUCAACCUCGAUAGCGUCGACCCUGCCGCCAUCAAUCUUCAAAAGAGUGUCUUUUCGUCCGACGUAGGUUAGGGUACCGUCGUGGUUGUAUUUUAC